CCAGAGUGACCCUACCGAGUACUGACUAUCACGCAGAACUAAAGCGUUUAAUGCCAUUUCUAUGUCUGAUUUCUUAGGUCCCACUAGAAUCCUUGCACAUAAAUGGUGCUGGUAGUUAGGACUAGUACCGCCGUCGUGACUGACGAACGGUGAUUAGGUAACUAGUGCUGUAGCGUGGCUGACAAACCUACAGUCGUUCCUGACUAGCAAUCUAGUGUCGUAGGGUUAGAACCAUUGAGGAACUUAUCGCGUACCUCGCACGCGUCGCAUGUCCCGCAUCGACUCGUAUCGCGCGGCACAUUCCGCAUUCCGUAUUAAUUCGGCUGAUAAAUUUCAGACUCGUCUGCGGAAGUUGUUCAGAACAGGAGAUACGGGCUCGACGCACGCGGCGUGACAGAUAUGCUCGAGUGGUAGAUGUGACAUGGAUGCGGUUUAGGUAUGACAUGGCAACAGAAGGGCAUCCGACUGUAGAUAUGAGAGCGGGUCCUUAGUGCAUGGAUGUUCAUAAUACAGAUCCUUCAGCAGUCCAUGUUUAAAAGACAUACCUUUCUUCCCUGAUUACUGACUUCUCUAGCUAGCAAGACCUUGCCACGUCAGUCAUGGAGGGCGCGCCAGGCCCGCCACGUGGCAGCGGAGCGAAUGCGGAGUUCUACCUGCCAAAUUACCGACUAGGGAAGACACUGGGCGUGGGGUCGUUCGGCAAAGUGAAGGUAGCGGAGCACGUACUAACGGGGCAUAAAGUGGCGAUCAAGAUCCUGAAUCGGCGGAAGAUUAGAUCCAUGGACAUGGAGGAGAAAGUCCGGAGGGAGAUCAAGAUCCUGCGGCUGUUCAUGCAUCCGCACAUCAUCCGCCUUUACGAGGUGAUCGAGACGCCCGCGGACAUAUUCGUGGUGAUGGAGUACGUCAAGGCGGGCGAGCUGUUCGACUACAUCGUCGAGAAGGGCAGGCUCCUUGAGGAUGAAGCGCGCCGAUUCUUCCAGCAGAUCGUGAGCGGCAUCGAGUACUGCCAUCGCAACAUGGUGGUGCACAGAGACUUAAAGCCCGAGAACCUGCUGCUGGACGCCAAGGGCAACGUCAAGAUCGCUGAUUUCGGGCUCAGCAACGUGAUGCGUGACGGGCACUUCCUCAAGACUUCCUGUGGCAGCCCCAACUACGCCGCUCCUGAGGUGAUAUCUGGACGGUUGUACGGAGGGCCCGAGGUGGACGUGUGGAGCUGUGGGGUGAUUCUAUACGCGCUGCUGUGUGGCAGCCUGCCGUUUGACGAUGAAAACAUCCCCAACCUGUUCAAGAAGAUCAAGGGCGGCAUCUACUCCCUCCCACACCACCUGUCCUCAGGAGCGCGCGACCUCAUCCCCCGCAUGCUACUAGUCGACCCCAUGAAGCGCAUCACCAUCCCGGAGAUCCGCCACCACCCCUGGUUCCUCGCCAAGCUGCCCCGAUACCUCGCUGUGCCGCCACCUAAUGCUGCCGAGCAGGCCAAGCGGAUCGACGAAGAAAUCUUCCAAGUGGUCACCAAGAUGGGCUUCGACGAGGAGCACCUGGCCGAGUCGCUCCGGGACCGGCGCACCAACAAGGCCACGGUGGCGUACUACCUGCUGCUGGACUCGCACCGCCGCAUCUCCACGGGGUAUCUAGGGGCGGAGUUCAACGAGCACAAGGAGCAGCAGCAGCAGCACGCUCACGCAAUGGGAGCAGAUGGGUCGCCGCUGGUGGCGGCGCGGGGAGGGUUGGGGCAUGCGCUGGUGGCGAGGCGGAGCGUUGGGAGUGGGGGCGGGGGCGGGGGUGGGGGCGGGGGGAUGAGUGUGCCGGGGUCCCCGGCGCAUAAUCAUCAGAGGGUUGUCGCGGAUAGGAAGUGGGCGCUGGGGCUGCAGUCCCGCGCCCACCCCAUGGAGGUGAUGGGCGAGGUGUUCAGAGCGCUGCAGGCGCUGCAAGUGCGCUGGAAGAAGCUCUCGCCCUACGUCGUCAAGUGCCGCUGGGACGGCCCCCUGCCCUUCCCCCCUGCCGCUGCGCCUUCCUCCGCCUCUGCCUCUUCCCUGCCCUCCUGGAUGCAAGCACAUGGGCGGGGGCAUGGGAAUAAUGGGGGAGCGGGGGAUGCGGAUGGGAUGAUGGUGGACGGCGGGAGGAUGGACAGCAUUCGGACAAUACAAGACGAGAGAGGCCGCCCAAUGAUUCCCAUUGAGGCGCUGGUGGGCGGCGGGUUUCGGCGGCUACUGCGGUUCGAAAUGCAGCUGUUCAAGGUGCGGGAUGAGAAGUACCUGUUGGAUGUCCAACACGUGGACGGCUCUCACAUGCUCUUCCUAGACCUCUCUGCGGAUUUCUUAGCCGAGUUACACGUCAUCUGAACCAUGUUACAUACCAGGAGUGCAACAGGCCACCUGUGCGGGUAACAUGUUGCUUGGGAGAUGAUUGCCCGGCAAAGUUGUAUCUCUUUGUGGUGUCUGUUCCUUGUUCCUUGUUUUGUGUAUUAUGAUC